CUAUAAAGGCUGCUUAGCUGUCCUCAUCCUCACCAAAUCCUUCGGAGGCUCUCAAAGAUCCCCUCAUAAACAGAAUAAGUAACUGCCAUGGCGAUUUUGCCAGUUAUCUCUCUUCUCUAUGCCAUGUUUGCUUUGAGCAUGGCUUCAGAGGCCGAGUCUGAUGGUGGUCCAGGUGAAACUGAAGUGUCUCCAGAGCUGACCGUUGUGGAAAAACGUUCAGCAUGCCAGUCUGGAUGGAGCAGCCAUGGAAAUCGCUGCUUCAGAUUUUUUAGUCAACUGCUUACUUGGUCUGAUGCAGAGGGACACUGCUCGGGUCAGGGAGGUCAUCUUGCAUCCAUCCACAACAUGGCCGAGGCACGCUUUGUAGGUCACUUGUCAGGGAAUAGGGAGUGGACAUGGAUUGGGGCUGGGGGAUCCUUUGAGGGUCACACAUGGUACUGGACUGAUGGCAGCCCGUUUGACUAUUCCAACUGGUCUCCUUGGGAGCCUAACAACCAUGGUGGAAAUGAACACUGUGCAAACACCAACUUCAAUGGUGGUGGCGUUUGGAAUGAUCUUCCCUGCCACCAUCGUCGCCCUUUUGUGUGCGCCAAGUGAUCGGGCAUCUCGUGUGGAGUUCACCCACAACCUGUGAUUUUAAGCCUUCUUUCCUUCUUUCCUUACUUCCUACACAACGUUAAACAGUUAGGGCUCUUCGAGGUCAGUUACGGGUGGUGUGUGGGUUUGUGUGUAAGAUCUGUGUGUUUGAGUGUGCUGGCGGAAGUCCAGUGUUUAUGACACCUGGCAGCCACCUGUGCAGUCAUCGCCCUUGUGUGCACCACACACACACACACACACACACACACACACACACACACACACACACACACCUGGGUAGUCAUUGCCCUUGUGUGCACCACACACACACACACACACACACACACACACACACACACUCACACACACACACACACACACACCUGGGUAGUCAUCGCCCUUGUGUGCACCACACACACACACCUGAGACUGCAGCCAGCCCAGACCAACAGGUGCUGGUGUACUAAACCUCCUGCAGAAAUCCCUCUUCUCUUUCAGUUCAAUCUUUGACUGUCACAAAUCCAAUCAAUAAAUGCAGCAUCAAAAUACAA